UCCUAAUCAUGACUUAAGGUCAGCGCAAGGUUGGUCUUAUAAAAUUUUUAUAACGUAAAAAUAAAAAUAAAAAUGUUUUAUUGUUAAUUUUAAUAUUGAAGUUGUAGUAUCACCGAAUACUGUGCAAUUAUGGGGCAAGGGUUGCCAUUUUAUCUAUUUUUAGGACUGGUUCACCAUUUUUAUCUAUUAGAUGAUCUAGUACAUUUAAACAGGCCUAAUUGUGACAUCAAGAGAAUAAAUGAAGCCAGAACUAAUGUAGACAUUUGUCUUAGACCUGAAUACAAUUAUACCCAAAUAGAUUUUCUUAUUCAUGGCCCAAAAGAUGAUCCAUAUACCUUUGUCCAACAAAGAUGUUCUUUAAAGCCAGUCUUAGAUAAUUGCCUACAUAAAACUGUUGAUUAUUUGUCGGUUUGUUUCAAUGAUACCAUGAAUCAAGGUUUAGAAGUUUGGAAAAAUAUUGAUGACAAUAUGGUUGAAUAUCUAUGUAAAAAUAACGCAGAAGUAGCACUGGAGUUGUUCAACAAAACAAGUAGUGAAUGUUGGGCUACAACGGUAACUCAGGCUAUUCGGGAAUGUACCCGAUCUCUUGAUGCAAGUGUUCCUUUAUACGAUGCGCAGGGACUAAGUAGAAGUUGUAGCAAAUCUGACGAAAUGAUAAAAUGUUUUAAAUCACAUCUGGAAAGACACUGUUCAGAUAAAGUAGUGGCUAUUGGGACAACUAUUACAAGUUUUAUUAAGAACGGCUUCUGUAGUAACCAAGGAAAAUUAAAUUAAAUGAAAUUUUUAUUGGCCUAUUUGGACUAUUAUAUUUUUAAAUUAAAAUAUGUUUAUAGAUUUUUGCAACAAAUUGUUUUAUAUUUA